GCGCCUGCGGGCCGAAUCGCGCAAACGCUUGAGAAAAUGUCGCAAGAGAUGCUGAAGGCGAUGCGAACUGUCAGUCAGUUAUCCACUGCCUCCUUCGACCUGAGGACAGGCCUGUUUUGCGGGAGGGCAGCGGUGGAAGAUGGACGCGCAGAUCACAGUAGCGCGUAUGCCAAACGAUGGUCGAGCAGCUUUGACCAGCAGCUCCUCUAGGCACAUCGCAUUCGCUGCGCUACAGGCGAUAAUACCUCUCGAUGCUCGUUGGUACGAUCGACUAUGCAGCGAUGCAGGCGCAAUCAAAGACGAGAGUCUCCGUAUCAAGUAGCUCACCUCAUGACCCGCUCAACUGGCCGCGCCGCAAGAAAGACCUCUGCUUCGGCAUCCUCUGCGUCGGCGCUGUGCUCGCAGCGACACUCAAUCCUAAUCGAACAAGUCCGAUCCUCCUAUCUGACAAUCUUUCGUCGUUCACAAGGCUGAUGGCUUCAUCGAGUAGAGACUGCACACGCACGGUCCUCACAGUCCUCUGCACAUGUGUGAUGCCGAAGUCACAGGCGAGCUUUCAUGUGAUUCAUCAGUCUAGCCAACAAGGGGAGCGACAGCGGCAGGAGAUCUGACAAGCUACCUCUGCGGCUGACAACCAACCGCGCAGGCAAAGGCGAUGCUAAGUUU